AUCGGCAAUAGUUAAGUGCAAUCACUUCUGCCUCUAUGCCAUAAGUUGAAGUGUAGACACGGAGCCGUAGUCUAGCGUUGGGAGUGUUUGAACCAAGAUUGGUGCAAGCCUUUGUAGUUUGUUCAAUUCUUCGGAACGAUGAACUACGGAAACUAUGGAGACGCAGGCGCUAGCCAGUUUGGAGGCGGCGGUUUUAUGCCAAGCCCGGCGCCAGGCCAGGAUAACCAGUAUGGUGGAGGCGGUGGCGGCCAGCAGAAGGGUCGGAAUCAGCACAGCUCCCUGCGGGCCUUCACGAUUAGGCAACUGCUGAAGGAGACCGCAAAUGGGGACGACGAGCGACACAUGGCUGACGGCCAUGAGAUUUCCACGGUGACCAUUGUCGGUCGCGUCACCUCGUACCAGGAGCAGGCCACACGCGUCAUCCUGCAGGUGCACGACGGGACCUCCGCCAUGGAGGUGUGCAGCUGGAUCGACGACGCGGAUGCGCACGCACAGAAGCGGAUCGACUGGCAGGCCGGGAAGUACGUGCGAGUAUACGGCAACAUAAAGUCAUUUGAGCGGAAGCGCAGCAUCACCGCGUUCGCGGUUAAGCCCGUCACAGACCACAACGAGGUCACCUACCACUUCUUGCAGACCAUCAUGCAGCACCUGCACCUCACCAAGGGGGCGCCCCCCACCGGCCAGCAGCAGGGCGCUGGGGGCCCGGCGGGAGGCAGGACGCCGGGGGCCCCCGGGGCCUAUGGCGCGGCACCAGGCGCGUACGGCGGCGUGCAGCAGGGCGGGAUGUACGGCAGCGCGGCGUCGGCGCCAGCGGGCGGCGGCAUCAACGAGGACGUGAAGCACGUGUACAACCUGCCUCACGCGCAGCAGGCUCCCAGCGGCCUCAGCGUGGAGCAGGCCUUCAACGAGCUACGCGGCAUGGGGCGCGGCUACACCAUGCAGCAAGUCAUGCAGGCUUGCGAGUACUUGGCGGCGGAGGGGGUGCUGUACAGCACUGUCAACGACACCACCUACAAGUCUACGGGAGCUUGAGCGGAAUGGAAGCGUUGUCACGGCUCGUUGCUGGCGUCUACAAUUAGUUGUUGAUCCUUGCUAAACUGCAGCAUGGUUGGAUUCUGUGGCGGUGUGUGCGUUACUUAGCUGUGUGCUAGGGAGCUGACAGCGGCUGCGGAUGUGGGGUUUAAUGCGUUUGGAAUGUGGGGUUCUGAAAGGCCCAUGUUGGAUAGGACUAGCAGCAAUGGCCCCUUCAUAAGGGCUUUGCCACAGCCAACCGCUACCGGGUUCGUGUGCGUUAGCUGUCAGUACCCAAACCGCAGAGUUGGGCCUUGAUACGUCGAGGUUAUCCUGGACUACCGUAGUUACGAAAGGUGUACUCGGAAGGACUUGCCAAGGCAAGGAAAAUCAUGCUCGUGGGUGUUGUGAGAUCCAGGCCGAUCAGGGCGUUUGCAUGGAGCUUGGGGGUUGCGGCCCUCUCCAACAGGCCGCUAAGUGUGGCAUAAAGGGAUAGGAUGCAAAUUGACGGUCCGCAUACGGGCUUUCAGCCUAAGUUGUUUAUGCAAUAUCGUGGCCAUAAAAGGCUCGUGCUCGUUCCUGAUUCCUACGAAGUUGACCGCAUGGAGGGUC